AUGGCGGCGUCAGAGAGAUCGAUAGACCAACAAGUCGACAUGUGUUCUUCGUUCCUCCAGAAAUUCAGGCUUUACGAGACUCGCUCGAAUUUCUAUAUGAUUGGAAGAGAUAAAAACCGAACGUUUUGGAGGGUCUUGAAGUUAGAUAGAACAGACCCAACAGAGCUAAACAUUUACGAAGAUUCAACAGCUUACACAGAAGCUGAAUGCUUCGAAACUUUGAGAAGGAUACACGAAGGAAACAGAUCAUCUGGUGGAUUGAAAUUUGUCACCACUUGCUACGGGAUCAUCGGAUUCAUAAAGUUCUUGGGACCUUAUUACAUGCUGAUGAUCACUAAAAGAAGGAAGCUUGGUGAAAUCUGUGGGCACACAGUUUAUGGUGUUGCAAAGAGCAAGAUAAUUACGAUUCCACAUGCCUCUGUGCUAACCAAUGUGGCUUAUUCUAAGGAUGAGAAAAGGUACAAGAGGCUACUCUGCACUGUCGAUCUCACGAAGGACUUCUUCUUCAGCUAUUCCUAUCACGUUAUGCAUACACUUCAGAGGAAUCUGUCAAACAACGUGGAAGGACUCACUUACUACGAAUCGAUGUUUGUCUGGAACGAAUACUUAACUCGAAGAAUUCGAAACAGCGCUAAGGACUGUAUGUGGACAGUUGCCUUGGUAUAUGGAUUUUUCAAACAGGUUAAACUAUCAGUUUCUGAGAAGAACUUUAGAUUGACUCUAAUUGCUCGCCGAUCUCGACAUUAUGCUGGCACAAGAUAUCUGAAACGUGGUGUCAACGAGAAAGGCAGGGUAGCUAAUGAUGUUGAAACAGAGCAGAUUGUUUUCGAGGAUGCUCAAGAUAGUAAUCCCGUCCGAAUUAGUUCUGUAGUGCAGAAUCGGGGUUCAAUUCCUUUGUUCUGGUAUCAGGAGACCUCACGCUUGAAUAUCAAACCUGAUAUAAUAUUGUCAGCGAAAGACCCUAGCUUUGAAGCAACCAGACUGCAUUUUGAAAAUCUCGCUAAGAGAUAUGGGAAUCCAAUCAUCAUAUUGAACUUGAUUAAGACGCAUGAAAAGAGGCCUCGGGAGACUAUUCUGCGUGCAGAGUUUGCAAAUGCAAUUAGAUUUAUAAAUAAAGGGUUAAGCAAGGAAGAGCGUCUAAGGCCUCUUCACUGGGACUUGCAUAAACACUCCAGAAAGAAAGGCACAAACGUGUUGGCAAUUCUCGACAGGUUGGCUACGUAUGCACUGAACUUGACUGGCAUCUUCUACUGUCAGCUAACUUCAGAUCUUAGAACAGAUAGGUUUCAGAACCAGAAUCCAUCCACUUUGGAAAACAACAAUGGUGAAUGUUCUAAUCAUGAUCUUCCCAGUAAAGAUGAAACUCCAUCAAAUUUGGCGGUGGAAAUUGGUAAUGAUAGCAAGGAUGCUAAGGAGGAUCGGCUAAAGGAAGCAACCAUGCUUCAGAAAGGAAUCCUGAGGACCAAUUGCAUAGACUGUUUGGAUCGCACCAAUGUUGCUCAAUAUGCCUAUGGGUUGGUAGCAUUUGGGCGUCAACUCCAUGCUUUGGGAUUGACAGAGUCUAUGACUAUUAAUCUAGACAAUCCCCUUGCUGAAGAUUUGAUGGGAAUUUAUGAGACAAUGGGUGAUACGCUUGCGCUUCAGUAUGGAGGAUCCGCAGCUCACAACAAGAUAUUUUGUGAAAGGCGUGGUCAAUGGAAAGCGGCAACUCAGUCACAGGAAUUCUUCAGAACUCUACAACGUUACUACAGUAACGCCUAUAUGGACGCCGAAAAGCAAGACGCAAUUAACGUGUUCUUGGGAUACUUUCAGCCACAACCAGAUAAGCCAGCACUAUGGGAACUCGGUUCUGAUCAGCAUUACAAUGCAGCAAGAUUUCUUGCCAAUGCUCCACCGGAGAAUUCGAGGUCUACAAUGAAACGAUCUCUAUCAGAAAGUAGCAUCCUUAGCGAGAGCAACACAGCCGCAUUGGGACCAGUUGGUAGACAUAGUUUAGGUGAAAAGGAUGAAGAAGCUAAAGGACUUUCGGAUUCAGCACCUGUGUUCUCAACGUCUGACACUGCCAAGAUUGCUGCUAGUUUGAGUGCUCCACCACCGACAUUGGAGGACAUAGGAUUAGACCAUAUUCUUGAAGACGAUUGCUUCUGCGAUGAUGGGCAUGGUGAUCAAUGUACAUGUGCAACUUUUGAUAUGGAUUGGGUUUCUUCUUCAGGAAACUCAUGUGAAGAUGAGAGUUACGCAAGAUCAACAGUGGUUAGAUCCUUUGAAAUCAUCCCGGAGAGUACACAAAUAGAGUCAGAAAUUUGUGUUGUUGAAUCUGAUUCGAGCAAUAGAAAGAGAGAGGAAGUUAAAGUGGAGGAAGAAGAAGCCAUUUCUGGGAUUCCUGAAAGUUAUGUGAGGUGGGUGAUGGAUGAAGGACAUUUCUGGUGA